UUAACUCUGCUUGAGCUUGAGAUAAUGAAGAAAAUGGCGAUCGCGACGGUGAAGAAGAAGGUAUGCGUGACCGGUGCCGGUGGUUUCGUAGCUUCUUGGAUCGUUAAGCUUCUCCUUUCCAAAGGAUACAUCGUUCAUGGCAUUGUUAGAAAACCUGGUGAUGAGAAAUAUGCUCACUUGAUGAAGUUUGAAGGAGCUUCUGAGAAACUUAAACUGUUCAAUGCAGAUUUGUUGAGUUAUGAAUCCAUUUAUUCAGCAAUUGUUGGAUGCAGUGCAGUUUUCCAUGUUGCUUGCCCUGUACCUGCAUUAGCAACAACUUUCCAAAAUCCUGAGGCAUGCAUCUGAUUUCAUUCACCUUGAACUUUAUUUUAGGGUGGUUUAAUUCAUUUUUGAAGUUCUUUGUAUUAGGAUUUCAAUUCAUGUAUAUGACAAAUCUUUGAAUGAUCCUGGAGUCCAAAAAAACUCAGUUAUUGGCAUUAGCUUUGUGUAUUGAGGAAACUCAUAUGAUUAUGGAGUUAAUUAGUGUUUUGUUUGUUGUUCUAUUUCUCUGAUUCCAUUACUAGAAAUUAAAUUAUGUAAGCCUUGCAAUUGAAUCAUAUGUUAUACACAUAUGUUAUACAACUAAAGCUCUCUUGCUAGAUUUUGCUUUUGAAUCAUAUGUUAUACACAUAUACUAUAAUCCAAACACAAACUUAAAGCAGUGUCUUGUAUUUCAUUUGAUUUAUAAUUGUUAACAUAAUUGUCUUCUUGACUAAGCUUGUCUCUCUUCUUGUUUAAGGCUGUGAGCCAGUGGAGAAUAAGCUUAAGUGGAUAAUAGAUGUAAGAGAUUUAGCUGAUGCAUUACUAUUGGCUUAUGAGAAGAUUGAAGCAGAAGGGAGAUACAUAUGCACUUCAUGCCCUGCUAAACCAAAGGAUUUGGUAGAGGAAUUGAAGAGUGAAUAUCCAAACUACAACUACCCUACAAAGUUUAUUGAGGUGGAUUAUUACAUAAGGUUGAGCUCGGAGAAACUACAGAGACUUGGUUGGAGUUACAGGCCAUUAGAGGAGACACUCAUUGAUUCUGUUGAGAGCUAUAAGGAGGCUGGUCUCCUAUAAUCCAAGUAAAUUUGCUUGGUUAAUUAGCUGCUGUAU